CUGGAGCAACUUUGGCAGCGUUUGGACGUGCACGGCGCUGGAUCGUGAGCAGGUGCAGGAAUAGGAGCAGGAGCAGAAGCAGCUGUUAUCUCUGCUCCAAUUGGAUGCAAUGAAAUCGAAGAAAUCGGCCUUUGCCAAUACAUCGACGGGCUACGGCAGACACAAGCAUAGCGGACACGGCAAAGGACGCGGCCAGAGCAAGGACAAGGCCGAGGGCAAGGGCAAGCACAGCAAGGAACAGCAGCCACCAGAGCAAAAGGAUGAACAGGACAAGGACCUGAACUCCGGCUUCGGAGACUAUCUGCGCACGCCGGAGGCAUUUGAGAUGAUGAAAUUGUUUGUUUUUGCCAAUACGGUGAUGUUGAUUGUGACUAUGGCCUGGCCGAAUAUUAAGGAACAGUUCUUCAUGCUAAACCAAUGGUGGGAAAGCUUUCGGGAACAGCAACAGAAACAAUAGACCUAGAGAAUUACUUGAGUU